GCGCAGCGCGGGGGAGCGGCUGCGGUGCUGCGGUGCCCGUGGGGCGGCGGCGGCUCCUCCGCGGGAUGUGCUGGGGAUGCGCAGAGACUCUACAAGUGAAUGAGAACUCUCUACAGAACUGAGGUGAAGAACUUCGCCAUGGGUCAACAGAUUUCAAACCACACACAAACCGUAAUUAAUAAAUUGCCAGAAAAAGUAGCAAAGCAUGCCUCUUUGGUUCAAGAAAGUGGUUUUCUAACCUAUGAAGAGUUUCUGGGAAGAGUGGCUGAACUCAAUGAUAUUACUGCAAAACUGGCUUCUGGACAGGACAAACAUCUGUUAUUUGAAGUGCAGCCUGGGUCUGAUUCUUCUGCUUUCUGGAAGGUGGUCGUUAGGAUAAUAUGUACCAAAAUAAAUAAAACAAGUGGCAUCGUGGAAGCUUCCAGAAUCUUGAACUUAUAUCAGUUCACUCAACUUUAUAAAGACAUCACCAGUCAAGCAGCAGGAGUUCUUGCACAGGGUGACACUUCUGAAGAAGCUGCUGAGAGUUUGAUGUCUCUGUCAUCGUGUCAGGCCAGCUUGUGGAUGGGAAGGGUUAAACAGCUGACAGAUGAAGAGGAAUGUUGCAUCUGCAUGGAUGGGCGUGCUGAUUUAAUCUUGCCGUGUGCUCACAGUUUCUGCCAGAAAUGCAUUGAUAAAUGGAGUGACCGUCACAGAAACUGUCCUGUGUGCCGCCGGCAAGUGACCGGGGCAGGAGAUUCCUGGGUGGUCUCAGAUGCCCCUACAGAAGAUGACAUUGCCACUUACAUCCUUAACAUGGUGGAUGAGGCGGGGCAACCCCACAGACCCUGACCCUGCCCACCAGGCUGAUCGUGGCAGAAACACUUGAAGCUUUUGUUUUCCUGAGCGUCUGGUUUUACCUCUCCUUGUCGUUCUUCCACCGUCUGUCCUUUCCUUCUCCUCUUAGCCACUGUGAGUCUGCACUGCUCUUUUAAAGCACAGGAUAUCUGAGCAAGUCUGUGUGUGCACAGACAGUCUUCAUUAAUGAAUUGUUCUUUAACUCCUUGAUCAUUAACAAAAUUAAUUUUAACAACAGCUUUGGUAUUAAGUAACAGUUCAACUACUAGGUGAAGCAAUUUAUAACAGCACAACUACAACUGCAAACUGCUGUUUGAGCAUCAGAGUUCUGCUACAGAGAUGAACCGUGGCAGAUGGCUUGACCUCACAAUUCCUACCUUUGAAAGCAGUCCCUUAUUCACAACAAAUGUGAAUAAAGAUGAUGAGUUAGCACUAGUGGUUAUUAAUUUGAAAUUUUGCUGUUGAAACUUGAAGAUAUCCCACUGCCUGUUCUUCAGUAGGAAGUUAUUGCUACUCUUAGUGUUUACAGAUACUUAUUUCAAUCUGAUCUGCUAUGACUUCUAGUAUUAUUUAUUUUAAAUCUGUUUUGGAGAGUGUAGGCAGGUCUGUAAAUGUCUUAUGCACUUCCCCUUGUUCUUCUAACAAGACUUAUCUCUUAGAGUAUUUUUAAUAUGGUAUUUAGCAUAGUCUUACAGGCUUGGAAACAUUAGACAGUUUUGUACACAAUCCUAAAAGCAGUAAAUCAGCUUCUCAGUAGAUUAUGAUAAAGAGCAGCUAAAAUUAUUUCUAAACAUUGGGCAUAUGUGAAGAGAAUGCCUUUAUUUGAAUUAGCACUUACGGUGUUAUUUAGUAUGAUGCUGUGGUUUUAUCUGCUCCUCUUGAGUUUUUGAAGUGAUGAGAUCAGAGUUAAAAGGUAGUACAAGGAGUUACAAGUGAUAAUCUAAGUAAGGGUGCUCUACUUUACAUCUACAAGUGCAAUAUGCUUUUAUGURGCAGAGAAACUUCUUUAACAAUAUUUUGCUUGCAGCGAGAUGUGCAUGUGACAGCUUGGGAAAAAGGAUAUCACAAGUGGAGUGCAGCAGUAUUUUGUGGCUAGCAGAAUCAAAUCUUUAACGAUCUGAGUUUAGACGGUCUAAACUGUUAGUAUUCAAGAAACCCAUCUUAAGCCUCCUGUGCAUAAAUAGCGUUAUGGAAAUGAAUGGCAACUGUAGAGAAUUAAUUUUACAUGUGUAUAUAUAAACAAAUACUACUUUUUCUCACUCAGUAAUCUCAAGUUAAACUAUUUGAGUGUGGCAUUUGAGGGAAUAUCAGCAUAAAUCUUACUUACUGUAAGACUGCAUUUUUCCUUAUCAUACCUGUAAAAUUCCAUGAUGCCAUAAGGAAGUCCUUUUGUCACAGACAGGUUCUGAACUAAAGGGCAUGUGCACAUAUAGAUCGGCACAUUUAGGCUAUUUUUCUGAAUUGGCUACAAAAUAAUUUAAUUACAUCAAUUUAUUAAAGAAUAUGCACAGCAUAUGACAUCCAUUUGAGUUUGGCUUACAACACCGUUGUCAAAUUUAUCGUAAUUUUUAAGACAGAUAAGCAAUGUACUCUUCAUGUGUCUGUCAUCUGAAAGCCAGUAUUGCUUAGUGUGUAAAUCUGUAUUUAAUUAUGGAAAAAUCCUGUUAGGAGUGUUUUUAGUUUAGAAUGUUUUUUUUCCUUUGUUAAGCCAUUAAUAGCAAUGAGAUAUUCUUCAGUACAUGUAUGGAGUGUUUGGUUGGAUAAGGACAGUUAUUGUUUGGGCUAAAAAUCGUUACUGGCCCAGGAUUUUCCACUAAAAUGUGCAAAUAUUCCUAAUCAUGCACCAGUUUGGUUUCUUUUUGUUUUUUUGAGCUUGCAUUAGUCCAUGUUCAGAACUUUCAAAUCACCUUUGAAUUUUUUAAACUUUUUAUAUCACUGGAACAGAAAAAACAUCUAAAUGAAAGCUUCAAGCUAACUUUAUUUUUCAAGUACUUCAAGAAUUAUACUUCUGAAUUGAGGUUUUAUAAGUUGACUUUCUGCUGAGAACUUAYGUGAAAUUCUUAAAAUGUAAUUUUAUAAUGAUGCAAACAGGUUAAUUGCAGCAUAAUGACAAAUACAAUAUAAACUAUUGCAAAAAUUAUUUAAAUAGUGAAAAAGUAAACUUUGUAUUCUGUACAGCUUUUUUAAAUUAAGUUGCUGUAAUUCACACUGCUGUGAUGUAGAUACUGUAAUGUGUGCCUUGUAAAAUAUAUGUACUGUAUGUUAUAGGGAGAAAUAGAUACAUUAACACUGAAAAACUAGUAAUUUUAUACUGGUUGGUAUUAUUUAGUCUGAAGUGAAAAUUUAGCAAUUUUGGAAGAGAAAAAGGAAUCCAUUGGUAUGGACAUGGCACUGUGUUUCAGAAGCUAGACCUUGAAAAUGUGAAUUACUGCAAAUCGCUGUUGGUGGGGGGCAUUAGAACAAAUUAACUUCCUUGUGUUAAGUGAAUAUUUCUUACAGGUUUAAUGUGAAAUUGUAAUUUAAACAUUAGAGAUUGUAUUAAUAGCUAAGAACAUUCCACUAUAUUAAACUUUAUGUAAGAAUUGUGCAAUAAAGUUACUUCGGAGGAAGUGUCAGAGUUCUUUUAAACUUAAGG